AUGGGUGAGCCAAACAUUGAUAGCCGAAGCAGCAGGUGGUGUUUGCAGGGAAUGACAGCACUCGUCACCGGUGGAUCCAAAGGAAUCGGAUAUGCUAUUGUGGUGGAGUUAGCACAACUUGGGGCCACUGUACACACUUGCUCUCGGAACGAAGCUGAACUCAGUGAAUCUCUACAUAAAUGGGCCACAAAAGGAUACAGAGUAACUGGAUCAGUAUGUGACGUGACCUCUCGUGCAGAUAGAGAAGAACUCGUUUCUAGAGUUGCCUCCGAGUUUAAUGGCAAACUCAACAUCCUUGUAAACAACGUGGGAACAAACGUAUGGAAAGAGCUUCUGGAUUACACAGAGGAAGAUUUCUCGUUUGUGGUGAAUACGAAUUUGCAAUCUGCUUUCCACUUGAGCCAGCUUGCACAUCCUCUCCUGAAAGCUUCAGAAGCUGGAAGCAUCGUUUUCAUAUCCUCCAUUGGUGGUGUGGUAUCAAUAAACAUAGGAUCCGUUGUAUACAGUGCAACCAAAGGAGCAAUUAAUCAAAUGGCAAAAAAUUUGGCAUGUGAAUGGGCCAAAGACAAAAUAAGGACUAAUUGUGUUGCACCUGGGAUAAUCAGAACCCCUACUGCUGAGGAGUUCUUGAAAGAGGGAAAUAUUGGAAAUGCUUUCAUUCCCAGAACCCCACUUGGACGGUUUGGAGAGGGAGAAGAAGUGUCUUCGUUGGUGGCAUUUCUGUGUUUACCUGCAGCCUCUUACAUAACAGGACAAACUAUUUGUGUUGAUGGUGGCUUCACUGUGAAUGGCCUCUAUAUAAGCUAG